AUGAAGCUCAUCUGGCUAGCAUUUAUUCCUUUAGCCUUUGCUGCAUCUUCUGUACCCCCUCUUGAAGAAGGAUUCCAGCAUGUCACCUGUGGAAGUACUAUAAAACUUUCCAAUCAAGCUAAUCAACACCGCUUGCAUUCUCAUGGCGUAUCUUAUGGAAGUGGAUCUGGGCAACAAUCAGUUACUGGAUUCUCUAGUUCAGAUGAUGCCAACAGUUUCUGGUUAUUGAGAGCUGCAUUUGGAAAACAAUGCAAGAGAGGUGAUCCUGUGCCAUGUGGAUCUAUCAUUCGCCUGCGUCACACAAAUACCAAUGGAUACCUCCACAGCCACAACCACAAGUCUCCUUUGUCAUCACAGCAGGAAGUUAGUUGCUAUGAUGGUAAUGACACAGGCGAUGAUUGGCGUGUAGAGUGUGCUUCAGGAUCCAAGUUCUGGCUCCGUGAAGAACCAGUACAAUUCGUCCACGUCGAGAGUCAGGCAUAUCUGUCUUGCAAUGGUGCUCACCAAUUUGGGCACCCUAUUCCCGGUCAGCUCGAAGUGUCUGGCACAAAAGGAUCUUCCAAGCACACUCAAUGGAUUGCCCAGGAGGGCGUCUAUUUUGCUGCUCCUAUUACUGAGCACCACGAUUAA